AUGCUGCUGUCCACGACGCGGAUCUGCUGGAGGCCCAGCGUGGCGCGUGAUGCGGGAUGUCAUUUGCUGCGUCGGCGACUGCGGCAUCUUCGCCAGACAAACCGCGCCGCUGAGGAGCAGUUGCGGGAGCGCCGGCGUCUUCAGCAUCUUCUGCGAGAGGAGCAGCACAGCACCAGCGCUACGAGUAGCAGCCGCGGCGGUGGGUCGGCGACGGGAGCGGCAGCUGCGCAGCUGCGUGCCCUUCAGCUACUACCCCGCAGUGAUGCCCUUGAGGCUGCGAUUGCGCUGUCCAUCAGCUCGAAUCGGGAUGCGCGCACAGAUCUGGAGUUGGUGCGCUGUCUGGUGAACAGUACCUUGCUCUCCUUUGCGUCCCCCGUGGGCAAGCGGUGGGACCCGUACGACGUGAAGCCACAGGUCUUUGCUCUGGAUCACUACAUAGCGCUGCCCGUCUUCACAUCGCUGGACUACGUGCGACUGUUCUGCCAGCGCUUCGGCUUUGCGGUGCGCGACCCGAGCGGUGUGCUGUGGGCAUCCGGCUCAACCACCACGGCCUCUACUGGUGUUGAGGUACCAAGCACGGGGUUUCUGCCUGACGCGUUGCUCCAGAGUAGGUGGUGGCAACAGCGGCACUGGCAGCAACAGUCAUGCGCCUCUGCUGAAGUAACCAUGCAGGAGAGGGACGAGGCCGCCCCGUCGGCGGGAUCGCGGAGGGGCCAUUCAGGUCAAGAGGGGGAGGCGAAUGCUGCGCCGGAAGAAGGCACAGGAGCACAAGCGCUUGAGAGCGCUGGCGUGGCGCUGAAGACAGCUGAGCACACAAUUCCUGACUCUUCUCCUCGUAGUGACGCAACACAGGCAGGGCUUUCCACAACACUCGACGACACCUCUGUCGACGCAGAUGCGCUCUUCGAUACGAUGCUGAUGGACGGCUUUGUGGAGGGAGAGCUUGACCCAUCGAGUGUAUCUCAUGAAACUCGCCCAGCUGCGCCAGCGGCGAGGGCGGCGCGUACGCGCGCGCAGAGGCGCCCACGCGGGGUCAAAGGUAGGGCGAGGGGUAUUGGGUGCAAGGCAACGUCAUCAAGGCACCAUCCCGUCCGCCGAGAACGACUUGCCGGGAGGCGUCGGGCGACAGUGGGAAAAGUGAGGGCAUCCGCGCUGCGUGGGGAGAGAGCAGCAGGUGCAGAAUCGGCAAAGACUGUGACGGACGAGGCGAAGAGGACCUACUGGGAGUCCGUCGCCCAGACAGCGCCUUUCCAAAUAAAGCAAGCCACCCCGCUCCCCACGUUUGGACCUUUCCUGCAUCCUUUCCUGAUCGGCUACUUUGCAGAUGUCUCCACGCUGCUGCAUAACGCUUCCAUCGUGCCGGAGAAGGUGGAUAUUGUGUUGAAUCCAGCCUCUCCCUUAGAGUUUGUGCUGUCACGGGAGGCGACGGACCGCGUGCUGCACAAGGAGCAGCUGCUCUACCACGCCUACCUGAAAGUCGAGAAGGAGCUGCAGCGCGAAUUCAGUCUCUUUUUUGCCUCCUGCUGCCCGGAAGUCAUCUCUGCCUCCAGCGCGUGUGUGCCAUUGCCAAUGAACGCAGACGAAGUGAACGUGGCAUGGCUGGCCUCUCAGUGCCCCAUUAACAGUGGUCGCCGAAGUCGCGGGUCAGCAGCUUCGUCGCCGAACGAGGUGCAAGCCUACCGGGAGCGGACGCGGCUGCUUCGCGAGGCGGAGUACUGCAAUGGUGUCACCUACGAGCUUGUUCUCCUCAUUCAGAGCACCUCACUGGAGGAGACCUUCACCAAGAUUCAGCAGGCAAAGCAUCAAUCGGUUUUGAUGGGCCACGCGGAUCUCGAUGUGCUGCCCGAGAUCGCUGCUGCUCCACACGUGCGCGAGAUGGCACACCACUUUUACGAUGGAACCAGCGAACGGGAGAAGAGGUCGGCGCAGCAAGCGCUCACCGCACGGCGGCAACGGAGCUUAGCCGACAAGCCACUUGGCGAUGUCACUGCUAUGAGUGACGGCGCAGCAGCGGUACAGGUUUCCGGGAACAUGGGGGCUUUUGUGCAGCGAGGGAUACCUCGCACCAUCAAUGUGUCUCAGUCGGCUGACUCAUACUUCCACGUCCCCACCAACGCCUACACAGAGGCGCACGCAGUCUUCACGGAGGACCUCAAGGUCAAUCGUGGACAGUGA